CCGCUCCGUAUGACCGCUACGGCGAUCUGGGAGUAGUAAAGAUGGCGGUGCUGAGUGUACUUCGAGCUGUGGCUACCCUUAUGGGACGGCGGCGUCCUCACAAACUGCAGCAUCUGGCUGGAAAUUGCCUGCUCAGGGCCUUUCCUAGAGCUACCACUGUUGCAGUUCGUCAUGGCAGUCAUGGAAAACAGCUGUUUGUUAUCAAGUCCAGCCAAUAUUAUGACCGUCGCUUUCUGCGUCUUUUGAGAUUCUAUAUUUUAUUGACUGGAAUACCAAUGGCUGCAUUAAUCACUUUUGUGAAUAUUUUCAUUGGUGAAGCUGAGCUUGCAGAGAUUCCUGAAGGUUAUGUUCCAGACCACUGGGAGUACUACAAGCAUCCCAUAACCAGAUGGAUUUCAAAAUAUGUCUUUGACCCACCUGAGAAGGGUUAUGAGAAAAUGAUGGCCCUUAUUUCUAUUGAAGCAGAGAAAGCAGACCUGAGGCUGAAGCAACUUGAGGUUCGCCGUCUAAUGAGAGAGAGGGGUGAUGGUGCUUGGUAUCAAUAUGAAACUCUGGAUAAAAAUUUGAUAGAUAACUCACAUAAGGCAAACCCAGAUUAUUAGGUGGGCAAAGAUUGCUGGAGGAUGCUAAUUACCAUAGAAAGGAUGUGUGGAAAAAGUUGUUUAAUAAAUUUUAUCAUGUCAAUGUUUGCGUCAAUAUUCUUGAAUAAAGUUUUAUUCUAGUUGAAGUAUGCCUUUUUUUUAAAUAUAAGUUUUAACCUUCAAGUUGCACAAUUGUAGAACAUUUACUUAUUGAUAUUCCCUCCUGCAGUUGUCUACAUAGCGAGUUCCUGAUUUUAGCUAGGAUAUUUGGGUGAUAUUUUUGGCAACGAAAAGUGUUUCUGUGCAGUGAAGAGCGGAAUAAUCUAAUGCCUUAUAAACCCACUCCUUUUUCCCCCCCUCCUUUCAGUCAGUUAAGAGUUUCCUGCCUUUUUUCUGGGCAAGAAAUGUGGUCACAGUACACUUGGAGUACUAUAAACAGUUCUGAUCCCCAAAGUAUAAAAAUAACAUAGAGGCACUGGAGAAGGUGCAAAAAAGAUUUACUAAACUGGUACCAGAACUGAGAGGUUAACCUAAAAGGAAAGGUUGAACAGGCUGGAACUUUUUAGAAAAAAGACUGAAGGGUGACCUGAUAGAGGUCAGUAUUAUGAAAAGGUUUCAUAAGGUGGAUGAAGAGAAGAUGUUUCUACUUAUUGGCAAGACCAGAAUUUGGGGCAUAAAAAUUAGAUAAUCACUAAUAAAUCCAAUAGGGAAUUCAGAAGACUUUACCAAGCAAGUGGUUAGAAUAUAGAACUCACUAUCACAUGGAGUCAUUGAAGUCAAUGGUGUAAAUGCAUUUAAAAGGAGGCUAGAUAAACACAAUAGGAACCAAGAAACAGAGGUUAUGUUUAUGCAGUUACUUGAAGAAGGAUGGGAGAGGCACUGGCAUGAACUUAUUGGAUAAAAUGGCCUGUUUCUGUUCUGUAGGUAUUAUGUAACUAAACAUCUAGAAUGAAAAGCUGACAAAAGUAACAAUGAAGCUGGUGGAUUAUUGUAAAAUCAACUGAUUUACCAAUGUCAUUUUAGAGAGGGAAACCUGCAAUCCUUGUCAUUCCAUGCCAAUAUGAUUGACUUUUAAUUGUAUCUGAAGUGGCCCAGCAAACUUCUUGGUUAUAUCAAAUCACUAUGAUGACUAGGAAUGGGCAUUAAAUGCUGGUCUUGCCAGUGACACCCACAUCCCAAGAAAUAUUUUUUUUAAAUGAAGAAUCCAAGGGUACUGAAGAAAAUUUAUGAAAUGGGUGAUGAGAAGUUGUGUGCCUAGUACUGCUUUGUGCUGAAUUCCUUGAACUCUUUGGAUAGUUAUAUUGAAGCUGGGAUGAAUCAGAGUACCCCAGAUUUUGGAGAAAAUUAACUGGGAUUUCCACUCAAGACUAUCAUUUGCUGGUCCCUAUAUUCUGCAGACAUGAUCAAAUAAGGCAAUGUCAAAAUUUUGCCAAUUCACUUAAAGUGUCCUUUAUUCUGUCCAAUCACAGACUUGCCUUUGCUUUUGAUUUUUUCCCACCCCCAUUUUAUCUUCUUAAAACUUAUUAUAUUUCUAGCAUUUCCUAGUUCUGAUAAAAGGUCAUGACCUGAAAUGUAAAUCCUGUUUCUCUCACAACAAAUGCUUACUGAUCUGCUGAGUAUUCCCAACAUUUUCUGUUUUUAUUUCAGAUUUCCAAAAUCUGUAGUAGUUUGCUUUUAAAUAUCAAAUUAAAUUUGACUCCUUGUUAAUGAGAUUUUACCAACUAAUUUUAAGUUGUUAAAUAAUAAUCAAAAAUCAAAUAACAAAAUUUUAGAAAAAGAACACUUGGAAUAGUUGCACAGUUCAGUUAUUCCCAAUUUUUAAACAUGUUUUUACAUAAGUUAUUUUUACAUUGUCAAAAGCUGUAUUUUCAGUUAUCAGUUCAUAUUGUGAGCCCUCCAGCAUACAUUCUAAUAAAUUUCCAAGUAAGUGGAAUUUCA